UUUGGGGCGGGGGCAUCUUGUGUUUUGUGGUCAUGGACGUGCUAAAGGUGACACUGCUGCUGUUGCUACUGAAAGAGUGCGGCGCACAACUAGAUGUGUGCGGGAAGGCCCCUCUCAACCCGCGCAUUGUAGGGGGGGGAGAGGCUCCUGAGGGAGCGUGGCCCUGGCAGGUUAGCCUACACAGAGCCGGGCGUCACUUCUGCGGUGGGUCGCUCAUCAACAGUCAGUGGGUGCUGUCAGCCGCGCACUGUUUUCAGAGGUCUCAAAUUGUGACAGCGAUUUUAGGUCGGCAGAGCCAGCAGGGUUCCAAUCCUAAUGAAGUGCGCAAAUCAGUCGAAAGGACCGUCGUCCAUCCAAACUACAACCCAAAUAAUGAAGACAACGACGUGGCACUCUUGCUCCUUUCUACGCCUGUCAACUUCACUCACUACAUCAGGCCCAUCUGUCUGGCUGAAGCCACAAGCACCUUCUUCAGUGGAACAGACAGCUGGGUCACCGGAUGGGGAAACAUCAACGAGGGUGUUUCAUUGCCGUUCCCGGAGAACCUAAUGGAGGUGGAGGUCCCUGUUGUAGGAAACCGCCAAUGUAAUUGUGAUUACGGGCCAGGACGCAUCACUGACAGCAUGAUUUGUGCCGGCCUGAGAGAGGGAGGAAAAGACUCCUGCCAGGGAGAUUCUGGCGGUCCCAUGGUGAGCAAACAAGGUUCGAUGUGGGUCCAGAGCGGUGUGGUGAGCUUUGGAAUAGGAUGCGCCCGGCCAAAUCUGCCAGGGGUUUAUGCGCGGGUGUCACAAUACCAGGAGUGGAUUAGCAACGAAAUCGGUGUUGACGACCUGCCGGGCUUCGUUACUUUCACAUCGUCAUGCACCGACCCAGACCGAGAUGUGAGCUGUCCUGGCCUACCUCCUGCACCCACCCACCCCAUUUGCCCCACAAUCAGCCCCACCACCAUUUCCACAGGCCCACCUACAAGCACCCCUAGUAGCCCCACAACCAGCCCCACCACCAUUGCCACAGGCCCACCGACAAACACCCCUAGUAGCCCCACAACCAUUGCCUCAGGCCCACCGACAGGCACCCCUCGUAGCCCCACAACAAAUGCGACAAGCCCACUGACAAGCUCCCAUACUAGCACUGCCACCAAGCCUCCUAUAAGCCCCACCACUGCUCCUACCAACCUCCCUACCAUGGGACCCACCAUGACCACCACGGCGCCCCCAACCGUAUUGUGCGGAAAUGCACUUUUGAACCCUCGCCUGUCAAGCCCUGGGUCAGCGUCAGCCCAGGAGGGCUUCUGGCCCUGGAUGGCCAGUUUGCACUGGAACGGAAGUCACAUCUGUGGCGGCACUCUGGUGUCCGAGACCGCCGUGCUCAGCAGUGCGCAGUGCUUUAACCAGUCCAGCACACCGUCUGAGUGGACAGUCUUCUUGGGUCGCUUGAAGCAGAAUGGCUCCAACAUCCAUGAGACAGAAAUGCAUGUGAAAAACAUCACAACGAGUGCACUGUCUGGUCAAAACGUAGCGAUCCUGCAUUUGGCGACUCGGCCAUCGCUGUCCAACUUUAUCCAACCCAUCUGCAUGGAAAGCGGGCAGACCUUCGCCAUUGGGUCCGCCUGCUGGGUUGCCGGAUGGAGCGCGAGCAGUGGAGGAGAAGAGCAAGUCUUGCAUGAGGUCAAUACAGCACUGAUUGACUGCGGGAGCAGCCCAUCCACCGAGAACAUUUGUACGGGACCUCUAGGGUUGGACCAGGAAGACAACGGCGGUCCGUUGAUGUGCCAGCUGGACGGCUUCUGGUACCAAGUAGCGGUGCUUUUGGCCAGCAGCAGCAGAACCACCAGGGAAAUGGGACGAGAGACCGAAAUGACAGUCUUCCCCAAACUUAACAACUACGAAUCCUUCCUUAGGGAGGAAGUUGGGGACUUUUUGUCACCGACAGUCGCCACAACAGCUGCACCCACUACCGGCCCCAUUGUUGUCCCUGCUAGCGCAGUCACUGUCUCUUCUGGCUCUUCAGCGCCACAUCUACUCAGCUGGCUUCUAGUGAGUUGCGUGGGGCUACAUGCCGCCCAAGUGCUGAUACUGGUUCUGAGAUACCAGGCACCGGAGGCUGAUUUUAAACUGCUGGUUCAGGCGCUCGGUCUGGCCGUUGGAUUCUGGGUGAUAUCCAGUGAAUGCAGAGCACAACUUGAUGUGUGUGGGCGGGCCCCUCUCAACUCACGCAUUGUAGGGGGGCAGGUGGCCCCUGUGGGGGCGUGGCCCUGGCAGGUCAGCCUGCACAGGAACGGUGGUCACUUCUGUGGCGGGUCGCUCAUCAACAGUCAGUGGGUGCUGACGGCUGCACACUGCUUUAACAGGGCAGCAGCCACGACAGCCUUUUUGGGUCGUCAGCGCCAGCAGGGUUCCAACCCUAAUGAAGUACGCAGGAACAUUGCCGGUAUCGCCAUCCAUCCCAAUUACAACGAGCGAACCAACGACAACGACGUGGCGCUUUUGUUGCUGUCUGAUCCUGUCACCUUCAACGACUUCAUCAGGCCCGUCUGUCUGGCCGAAGCAGCAAGCACUUUCUUUGCAGGAACCGACAGCUGGGUCACCGGAUGGGGAAACAUCGGCAAUGGAGUUCCUUUGCCGCGCCCGCAGAAUCUGAUGGAGGUUGAGGUUCCCGUCGUAGGAAACCGCCAAUGCAACUGUGAUUACAGACCAAUAAUUAUCACCGAAAACAUGAUUUGUGCUGGCCUGAGAGAAGGUGGAAGAGACUCAUGCCAAGGUGAUUCUGGUGGUCCAAUGGUAAGCAAACAAGGUGACGUGUGGGUCCAAAGUGGUGUGGUGAGCUUCGGAAGAGGUUGCGCAGAGCCACGGUUCCCAGGCGUCUACGCGCGGGUGUCACGUUACCAGGAGUGGAUCAGCAGCCAUACGGGUGACAACUUGCCAGGCUUUGUACGCUUCACGUCAGUGGGCAUCAACACUGACCUAGAUGUGAGCUGUCCCGGUGUGCCUCCUCUUCCCAAUCUCCCAAGCACCUCUGCCAGUACCACUACCAGUACUACCAGCAUUACCACCAGCAUGCCGCCCCCACGGGUAUCAUGCGGAAAUGCUCCUUUGAACACGCGCCUGUCAGGUCCCGGGGUGACAAUGGCCCAAGAGGGCUCCUGGCCAUGGAUAGCCAGCUUGCACUGGAACGGAAGUCACGUCUGCAGUGGCACACUGGUGUCUGAAGACGCUGUGAUUAGCAGCGCACAAUGCUUGAACCAGUCCAGCACGCCAUUUGAGUGGACAGUCUUCUUGGGCCACUUCAGGCAGAUUGGCUCCAACAGCCAUGAAAGAGAAGUGCGCGUGACCAACAUCACAACCAGCUCGUUAUCUGGUCAGAACAUAGCGGUCCUGCAUCUGGCCACCCUGCCGCCGCUUUCCAAUUAUAUCCAGCCCAUCUGUAUGGAAAGUGGGCAGAAUUUUCCCAUCGGGUCCUCCUGCUGGGUUGCCGGGUGGAACGCGGGCAAUGGAGGAGAGGAACAAGUCUUGCAGGAGGUCAACACAUCACUGAUUGACUGCGGGAACACCGCAUCCACUGACAGCAUUUGUAUUGGACCUCUAGAGUUGGACCAGGAAGACAACGGCGGUCCUUUGAUGUGCCAGCUGGAUGGGUUCUGGUUCCAAACGGCCGUGCUGUUGGCCAACAGUAGCCAAGUGGGACGAGGGAUAAGCAACAUAACAAGCUUUCCCAAACUCAACAACUAUCGACAAUUCUUGAAAGAGCAGGUGGGUGACUUUUUGUCACCCACAGCCCCCACUACUGCUCCCUCCACUUCUACAGGCUCCACAACUGUUGUCCCUCCUACACCUGCCCCUAGCACACCCUCCCCUAAUGGCCCAGAGUCAAUCUCCAGCGCCUCCUCAGCACUGCAUCUCCUCAGUUGGAUUCUGGUGGGCGGCGUAGGGCUGCAUGCCUCCCAUGUGGCGUUGUCCUACUGGAAAAUCUGAACUUUCUUUGGUGGCUGGUGGGGUCUGGCUGGUGAGUUAUUAGUGGGUGUGCACACUUGUGCAAUCAGUAUUAUUUACAGGCGUACACAUAAGUGUACAUGCCGUGCGUCUUUUCACAAAUCAUCAAACUUACCUCAUGCAUCCCAACAUCUUGGUUUAGAAACGUAAUGUGUUGGGCUUUCUUUGCAAUUCAUGAACAAUUGUUCGUCACACUGUUAAGUUAUUUUUCCAUGUAUUUAUACAUCCCUUUUGUUUUACUUUGUUCGGUUUUUAAAU